UUCAAAAACCAAAGAAAGAAAUGAGAGUAUCAUUUCAAGGUCAUUUUUGGUAUAUUGAAAUUAUUCAUUAAACUCUCCGAGCACGCCUUGCUUCUUCUUCAUCUUUCACUGCUGGUCGCCGUAGCUUCUUCUGCCGAGUACAGAAAUUCUAUUUGCUGAGAGCUCUUCCUUUACCCUCUGAAAUUUCUCUCCAUCCCCAUCCAGUGCCAUGACUGAAUUACCUUCGUACCUUCCAAUCGAACUUGAAACCACAACCUUUGACCUUAUCGUUGUUGGGACAGGCAUCCCCGAAUCAGUAAUCGCCGCCGCAGCCUCUGCCACUGGAAAAACCGUCCUCCACCUUGACCCAAACCAGUUUUACGGCAGCCACUCCGCCUCUAUUCACCUUAAUGACCUCACUUCCUUCCUAAAUUACCAUGCUAACCUACCCUCCACCACCGCCGCCAAUACCACCUCUGCAAGUAGCAACCAUGAUUUCACCGCCCUAAAUCUCAGCCUCCGAUCCCUAUAUUCCAACGUUGAGACUGCCAACUAUGCCCCCGAAACACUAGCACAACAUUCCACAAAAUUCAGCGUCGACCUUGGCGGGCCAAGGGUUUUUCUUUGCGCCGACAAAGCUACCGACCUUCUGAUCAAAUCGGGCAUAAACGCGUAUUUGGAUUUCAAGGGCAUCGAAGCGAGCUUCAUUUGGGAUGGAAGUGGGAGGCUUUGUGAUGUGCCGGACUCUCGAUCAGCAAUAUUCAAAGACAAGAGCUUGAGUCUUCUAGAGAAGAACCAACUCAUGAGGUUCUUCAAGCUUGUCAAGCGGCAUUUGGGAGCCUCUAACGGCGAUGAUGAAGGGAGGGAAAGUUCGAAGAUUUCAGAGGAGGAUUUGGAGAGCCCCUUUGUUGAGUUCUUGAAGAAGAUGCGGUUGCCGCCCAAGAUAAAAUCGAUUAUUCUGUAUGCCAUUUGCAUGGUAGAUUAUGAUCAAGAUAACUUGGAAGUUUGUAAAUCUGUGCUUAAGACCAGAGAUGGGAUGGAGCGGUUAGCCCUCUACCAAAAUUCAAUUGGCAGGUAUGGUGCGUCUGGGGCUUUGCUUUAUCCUACUUAUGGUAUUGGGGAGUUAUCACAAGCCUUUUGCCGUCGCGCUGCUGUUAAAGGUUGCAUUUAUGUUCUGCGAAUGCCAGUGACUGCUCUGCUUAUGGACCAGAAUAGUGGACAGUACAAAGGUGUUAGAUUAGCUUCAGGCGAGGAUUUUUUUAGUCAUCAGCUGGUUUUGGAUCCAACCUUCAUAGUCCCUUUGCCACCAGCUUCAUCUCCCCCAGACCUGAGAGAAAGUUUUCAAGUUUUAAGUCUGAAAGAUGAUAAAAGAAAGGUGGCUAGGGGAAUAUGUAUAAUUAACAGUUCCUUGAAGCCAGAUAUAUCACAAUUUUUGCUCAUAUAUCCUCCUAGAUCUUUGUUUCCUGAGCAGGAUACUUCAAUUCGGGCUCUCCAGAUAGGAGGCGACUUGGACCAAAUGGCUGUUUGUCCAUCAGGCAUGUUUGUGUUGUACUUUUCUGGUUUAUGUGAUGAUGCAGGACAGGGGAAAAGGUUGCUACAUGCGGCCAUGAAUGCUCUUCUCACCCUUCCUGUUUCUGAAAGUGGUUCCGCAGCUGGUAGUGAAGACGCAGAAGUAAAACCCACCCUGCUUUGGAGCAUGUUAUACAUUCAGGAGCUCACAACGGUGCCCACUGGUCAAUAUGAAAAUAUCAUCUCCACUCCGAUGCUAGAUGGAAAUAUUAACUUCAGUGAUCUGAUAGAAUCAACUAUGGUGCUUUUCCAGAAGAUGUAUCCAGAUGAGGUAUUCUUUCCGGAGACACCCUCCUCCCCUGAGGUGCCUGAGAAUUCAGAGGAUGAUACCGAGCUUAGUCUAGAGAACUAAUGGUGGUUUGUUGGACUCAAGUCAGUGUCUGCUGUACUAGGGCAUUAAGUCAUCCCCUCGAAUGCAUUGCCGCAGGAAUUUGCAGACGUGGAAACAUGACUGCUAGCAUCUUGUAUACUAGAACAAGAAGCAGGGUACUUCUUGCUUCCUAUAAUUUGGCAAGCAUUACCCAUUAUCAAUUGUACUGCUAUUGCCCGGAGCCCUACUUUGACUUUAUUGUGAUAUCCAAAAGGGCCAACAUUUUGUGUCGAAGUUCAAAAUAUAUUUAGUUAGCUA